ACCGGCAUUUCAGCACCACUGCCGGUCGGGGUUUCUUUUAGACGGCCAAGCCACAGUGUAGAAUAUUUAUAUCUUUUUUUUUUAUUUAUACUCGUUAACGUAAACUUACUUUACAAAAUGCCUGGGUAUUCCGACAGAGACCGUGGUAGAGACAGAGAUAGAGGCUAUGGCGGCGGCCCUCCUCGCUUCGGUGGCAACCGUGGUGGAGGUGGAGGGAAGUUUGGCAAUCCUGGCGAACGGCUGCGGAAGAAACAGUGGAACCUGGACGAGCUCCCAAAGUUUGAGAAAAACUUCUACCAGCAGCAUCCCGAUGUUGCCCGAAGGUCUCUGCAAGAAGUUGAACAAUAUAGAAGGGCCAAAACAAUUACGUUUAAAGGGAGAGAUUGCCCAAAUCCUAUUGCAAAGUUCCAUGAGGCCAGUUUCCCAUCAUAUGUGAUGGAUGUGAUCAACAAACAAAACUGGAGUGAACCAACUCCCAUCCAGGCUCAGGGCUGGCCACUGGCUCUUAGUGGCAAGGAUAUGGUUGGCAUUGCACAGACCGGCUCUGGGAAAACUCUUUCUUAUUUGUUGCCUGCAAUUGUGCACAUCAACCACCAGCCUUUCCUGGAACGUGGAGAUGGUCCCAUUUGCUUGGUGCUAGCGCCGACCCGUGAGCUGGCACAGCAGGUGCAGCAGGUGGCUGCCGAAUAUGGCAGAGCUUCUCGCCUGAAAUCGACCUGUAUCUAUGGAGGAGCGCCCAAGGGACCCCAGAUCCGUGACCUGGAAAGAGGUGUGGAGAUCUGCAUUGCUACUCCGGGAAGGCUCAUUGACUUUCUUGAGGCAGGAAAGACAAACCUCCGUCGCUGCACCUACCUUGUGCUGGAUGAGGCCGACAGAAUGCUGGACAUGGGCUUUGAGCCACAGAUCCGGAAAAUUGUUGACCAAAUCAGACCUGACCGUCAGACUCUGAUGUGGAGUGCGACUUGGCCGAAAGAGGUUCGCCAGCUGGCAGAGGAUUUCCUGAAGGAAUACGUCCAGAUCAAUGUCGGGGCGUUGCAGCUCAGUGCCAACCACAACAUCUUGCAGAUAGUGGAUGUCUGCAAUGAUGGAGAGAAAGAGAACAAACUUCUGCGACUCCUGGAGGAAAUCAUGAGUGAGAAGGAGAAUAAGACCAUAAUCUUUGUAGAGACCAAGAGGCGGUGUGAUGACCUCACCAGGAGGAUGAGAAGGGAUGGAUGGCCGGCUAUGGGAAUCCAUGGAGAUAAAAGCCAGCAGGAAAGAGACUGGGUUCUCAAUGAGUUCAAAUACGGAAAGGCUCCAAUUCUCAUUGCUACAGAUGUUGCCUCCAGGGGUCUAGAUGUUGAAGACGUGAAAUUUGUCAUCAACUAUGACUACCCCAACAACUCUGAGGACUAUAUCCACCGCAUUGGCAGAACGGCUCGUAGCCAAAAGACAGGCACAGCUUAUACCUUCUUCACUCCAAACAACAUGAGGCAAGCCAGCGACCUCAUCUCUGUGCUCCGCGAGGCCAACCAGGCAAUCAACCCCAAGCUCCUCCAAAUGGCGGAAGACAGAGGAGGUCGUUCAAGGGGAGGCCGAGGUGGUGAUUAUAGAGAUGACCGUCGGGAUAGGUAUUCCUCUGGAAGGCGUGAUUUUGGCAGUUUUAGGGACAGGGAUAACGGUAGAGGGUUUGACAACGGACCAAAUAAAACGUUUGGCACAAAUUCACAGAACGGAAGCUAUGGGGGCAGUAACAACAGUGGCAGCAAUGGCUUCAGCGGAGGCAGCUACAAUGGUAAUGGACAGUCCAACUUUAGUAACAACCAAACGGGCGCCUUCGGAGGCCAGACCAACUUCCAGGCCCAGCAGUUUGUUCCCAGUAAGGGUGGUGCACAGACUGGCGCGAGUCAUCCCCCUUUCCCAUUCCCCCAGGCACAGGCUCCGCAGCAUCCCCCACCUCUGGUGCCCUACCCCAUGCCCCCUCAGUUCUCUCAGUAAACACGCCAUACACUUGAAAGAAGUAAUUUAUUGCUUUUGUCUUGUUUUAAGUUCUACACUUGAUCCAGUUUUUUUUACACAACAGGGUUACAAACAACAUUAACCUCUAUCAAGCCUUUUAAGAUCUGCAGUGCAGCAAUGGAUGUGUUGCGCACUUGUUUCCCUUACUAUUUAAUUUGUUACAUUCCUCAGCAAUGUUUAGUUAUGUUUUGUACUAGGUAAUUACAAAUGUAUUGGUUUUUCAUGUAUCAUUGAAAGUGAUGUUAAGCUCCAACCUUGGAAGUGCACUGCAUGAUCUUUCAAAAUAAAACAUUAAAAAAAAA